AUGGAAGUCCACCAGAGAUGGGAGUGGAUGAAGGAGUCCAAUCUCUGUUUCCGAUGUCUUGGUGAGAAACACACUCAAGACCAAUGCAAGGCGCCGCAGUGCAACCUCGAUGGCUGCACCCUUCCCCACCACCGACUCCUGCAUGGAAAGUCGCGGGCGCCGCCUCCGCUGGCACCCCAGACGUCUGGCCAGACGUCAGCCCAGCCAGAGCCCCGAUCACCACACUCGACAUCCUCACAGUCGAGAAGGUAUAGACGCCGCUCCCGUACGGGGGGAGCCACCUCCCGUGCGCCGGAGAACCAAGUCCCUGGUGUCGCCCCGACAUCAGCUCCGCAGCCCGAGCAAGUAAAUACUGCAUGUUCCUCUUCCCUUCCAAACGUGCUGCUGAAGGUGUGCAAGGUCACCCUGACCGGACCCUCCGGCAGCGUGGACACUUAUGCGCUGCAGGACGAAGGCUCCACGAUCACCCUGAUCGAUGAAGAACUCGCCGAGGAAAUCGGUGCGACCGGGCCCCAGAAGCCCCUGCGUGUUCGAGGCCUGAAUGCCACCCAAGGUGACUCCAGGAGCCACCUCGUCACCUUCUCCGUACAAGGUACUUCCAACGAAAAAUACCGCAUAGAAGCGCGUACUUUUUCCAGGCUACAGCUGCGGAAGCAAUCCGUGCCGCAAGAGGCCCUGAACUUUCCCCACCUCCGAGGCAUGGAUGACCUGGCCUACGAGGACGCUACACCACGCCUGCUAAUAGGGAUGGACCAGUGGCCGUUGAUAGUUUCACAUGACCUCCGCACCGGCAACAGAGACCAACCAGCCGCCUCCCUUACCCCCCUCGGCUGGAUCGUCCACGGUCUUCUGCCCCGCCGUUUCCUGCAGUCAAGAGAGGACACCGUGCUGCACGUCCACACAACUUCUGAGAGUUCCUGCGGUUCCGACCUCCACCUGGAGGCGCUGGUCAGGCACCAUUUCGCUGUGGACGCUCUGGGAGUUGCUGCCUUCCGAAAGAAGCUUCCCGAGCACAAGAGAGCUCGGGAGUUGUUCGAGGGGUCGGUGCGACGGGUUGGCGGACGUUUCGAGGUCGGCCUUCCCUGGCGUCGGGAGGGACAGCACAUGCCGGAGAACUACCAAGCCGCCUUACGCCGACUGCGUGCGAUCGAGCGAAAGAUCGACCGGGAUCCCGUGUUCGGGUCGGCGUAUGAAAAGCAAAUGGAUAACCUCUUCACCAAGGGUUACGCUGUACCUGCCGAUGGCUCAGAGGCCUCUCAUCCCCGCAGGUGGUACCUCCCUCACUUCGCGGUGCACAAUCUUAAUAAGCCCCGAAAACUGCGUGUGGUGUUCGACGCCGCCGCUACCACCGGAGGGAUUUCGUUAAACGAUUGUCUCUUGGAAGGCCCGGACCUCUUGCUAUCGCUUCCUGGAGUACUUUUCCGAUUUAGAGAGCUGCCCAUCGCGGUCUGUGCAGACAUAGAAGAAAUGUUUCUGCGCAUUCAAAUCCGGCCAGAGGAUCAGCCUGCACAGAUGUUCCUAUGGAGAGGCAGCGACCGCUCGAGUCCUCCUCGGCAGUUCCGUAUGACAUCAAUGCUUUUCGGUGCUACCAGUUCCCCGUUCCUGGCCCACAGCGUACGCAACAGGAAUGCAGAAGACUUUGCGGCCAGCCACCCGUUAGCACACCGGGCCGUAACUCAGAGUCGCUACAUGGACGACUUUGUAGACAGUUUUAAUUCCCCCGAAGAAGCAAGAGAAGUAGUGGACCAGUUGAGGCACGUACACGCUCAAGCGGGCUUUAGCUUGAGAAGCUGGAGUAGCAGCGACCCUGCGGUGCUGAGGGACGUGCCUGAGGAGCUCCACGCACGCCAACCCGCUACGCUGCCUGUCGGUAGUAGCUGCGAUUCCAAGAUCCUGGGACUGCUGUGGGACGCAGCCCGGGACCAACUCGCGUUUUCCACGAGCAUGUGCAGGGUGCCCACUGAAGUACGAGCCCAGACUCGCGCCCCUACCAAGAGGGAGGCGCUGAGCGCAGUUAUGUCCAUCUUCGAUCCCCUGGGCCUACUCAGCCAUUUUUCAAUAACAGCUAAGAUAUUGCUGCAAGAUCUGUGGCGCAUGCGACUCGACUGGGACGAGCCGCUUCCGGAGGAGGAGGCUGCCACAUUCGGGCGGUGGCUCCGUGGCCUGGACGAACUGGAUGCUUUACAGAUUCCAAGAUGCUACGACCCAACACAGGGUCACCGGCAGCUACACGUCUUCUGUGACGCCAGUGAGGUUGCUUACGCUGCCGCCGCGUACUGGCGCGUGGAGCACCCGGAUGGCAGCAUCGCCGUCACUCUCGCCGCCGCUAAAUCAAAGGUGGCACCCAUAAAGGCGCUCAGCAUUCCACGGCUGGAGCUACAAGCGGCGGUAAUUGGGACCCGCCUCGCCGACAUGGUGCAGAGGGAGCACCGCUGGAAGCCAGAGUCCGUCCACUACUGGACCGACUCCAGGACGGUGCUCCAGUGGAUUGCCAAAGACGCCCGCCGCUAUUCUCCCUUUGUGGCGCACCGACUCGGCGAGGUAGCAGAAUACACGGACGCGGAGGCUUGGAGGUGGGUACCCACAGCAAUGAAUGUCGCCGACGACGCGACCCGUCCAAAUUAUUCCCCGGGCACGAACGCCAACCGGUGGUUCGUCGGCCCGGACUUCCUCCGAGGUCCAGAAUCGAAAUGGCCGGCCCCCAUCAACAAUCCAGAGGAGAGCGCGGAGACCUACGCCUGCCGAGAAAUUUCCAUUCCCCCGCACCUUCCUGACAUCUCCCGCAUAUCACGGUACGAGACGCUGGUGCGGACCACUGCGGUUGUGCUCGCAUUCCUGGACCGAUGCCGCAAGCGGACUCGGCGAGUUGAGCUGCGCCACAUCGAAAGGGCCGAGAGGCUGUGGGUGCAACAGGUGCAGGCGGAAAGUUUCGCCCCGGAAAUGGAGUGCCUGCGCCACGCGAGACCAAUUCCCCGCUCGAGCCGCCUGGUCCACCUGAUCCCAACCCUGGAGGAUGGUGUGCUGCGGCUGGACGGCCGCAUCUCCGCGGCAACCGCAUGCCCCGCCGCCAAGCGGCCAAUCAUCCUGGACGGCCGCCACCCCUUUACCGCCCUCCUCGUGCAGCGAGAGCACGAGACCGCCCAGCACGCCAACAAUGAGCGGGUGCCGACGCUGAGCUGCGCCUACGCCGACUGGGAGCCGGCCUUCCACCAUGAAGCCCUACGUCACCGGACAGAGUGGCGCUUCAUUCCCCCGGGCGCCCCGAACCAGGGUGGAGCUUGGGAGCGACUGGUCCGCUCCGUCAAGACCGCACUCAAGGCCGUGCUCGACCAGCAAUUCCCCAAAGAAGAGCUGCUGCAGACGCUCCUGGCAGAGGUCGAGCACAGCAUUAAUUCCAGGCCACUCACCCACGUCUCGGUCGAUCCGAGAGAUCCCGAGGCGUUGACCCCCAACCAUUUCCUGUUGGGGUCACCAGAAGGCCUCCCGUCCACCGGGCCCUGCCAGCCGACCGACCUGCGCGCCUUGCGACGCGUGCAAGCGCUCGCCGACUCUUUCUGGCGCCGUUGGGUACAGGAGUACCAACCCACUUUGAUUCCACGCUCCUCUUCCCCAUCCACGGAGCGCAACCUGCAAGUGGGAGACCUGGUUAUAGUGGUGGACAAUUCCCUGCCACGCAACACCUGGCCCCGAGGCAGAGUGGGUCAAUUACAUGGGCCCAUGGUCGGGCGCCGGCACCGACAUGAGAAGAGGUGGAUCGCCUGCUUCGCCUACAUCUACACAGCCUGGGAGCUGAACCAGGUAACUCUGCACCACUGGAUGGAGUGGUACUUCAUUCCCACGGGCGCGCUGAAUCAAGGUGUGGACCCUGCUGGGAGCGCCUCGCCCGCUCCGACCGCGCUCAACAAGCAAUUCCGCAAGGUUAAGCUGCUGCAGACGCUCCCCGAAGAGGCUGAGCACAGCGACAGCUCGCGGCCUCUGACCCACUGA